AUGUUUAUUCCACAAUGGCUGAAGUCCUUAUGCACAACGGCGUAUAAACAUUUAAUAACAUACAAUCAUUUUGAUUCUCAAUCGACAAAUCCAUUUUUUAUUCGUCGUGAAUUGUUAUCAACACGUCUAUAUCUUAUUCUACUCGUUAUUUCUGUUAGUAUUUUAACAACAUACACUUCAUUCACUGUCCGUAUUAAAGAUGAAUCGAUAAAAUCUCCAACUUAUUCUCAAUAUCAACAGCUUAACAGAAAAUACUCGAAUACAUUACAAUGUUUAUGUACAAACUUAUCUAUUGAAUAUGGAAAAUUUGUAAAAACUGAACCAUUAUUUCAUCAAGUUUGUUCAAGUGAUUUCAUAACACAACGAUGGAUUGAUUUCAUAUUUGCAGCAAAUAUAUUAUCACUUUGGCCCAUAGAUGUACGAACAAGUUUAAGUGCAAUGUGGCAAUUAAUUCAAUCAUUUUGUCAAAAUUCCUAUCAAACAAUAAUGAGUAUACUUGAUCAUUUUAAUAAAACUCUAUUAAUUAGUCCAAUUCUAUUCAAUGAAGAACUUUUAAAAGCAAAAGUUCAGAGUAUUCUUUUCUCACAACGUGAUAUAUCAACAGUUAAUCUUAUUCAAUCGAUAACAGUCAUUAAUCAAAUAACACAAGCAAAUCAAUUCCUGAGUACAUUAGGAACAAAUUAUAUUGCUGUAACACAUCAAUUCGGAUUAUCAAAACAACCUAAUUCAUAUAGAAAUAUAAGUCAAAUACAACUAUAUCUAUAUAUUGGAAGAUUUGCAAACUUAUAUAUACAAAAGAAUUCAAUAAUUCCUUGUUCAUGUCAAACUAAUGCUUCAUGUCCUCUUGAGGGUGAUAUUUAUUUGUAUAAUAUGUCAGAACAAUUUGGUAUUUAUAAUAUGAAUAGAAUCCAUUCGAAUGGAAGUUUAACUGGUGUAAUUAUUGAUUGUUUACCACUUCAAAUGACAUUUGCAUCAUCAUUGGAAUGUUUUUUUCAACAAUCAUGUUUAAAUUUUCUUCUUUCAACUUAUAAACAGAAAAUGAAUGUUUCUAUUCUAAAUGAAUCUCGUCCGAGUCGUUUUAAUCAAACAACAACAAUCCAGUCACUUCUCAAUGAACUUUUCAUUGAAGAACUACAAAAUGAAACAAAUUAUCAACAGUAUUAUUUAACAUGUUUACCAAAAAUUUGCAGUUAUUCAUAUAAUCAUCGAUUUGAUUGGACAUAUGUAUUAACAACAUUCAUUGGAUUGUGUGGUGGCAUUACUAAAGUAUUGAGUAUCAUUGCCUGGUAUUUUAUUGGUUUUAUUUUAUAUUUAUAUGAACGAUUUUUCUCAAAUACUGUACAGACAGUUAGAAGGAAUUCACAUGGAAAAUGUUUUAUACAGAUGAAAAAUAUUCUUUUAAAAUUCAAAACUAAACUAAUUAAUUUGAAUUUCUAUUCUAAACAUUCUCGAGAUCGUAUUCGUGUCUAUCAUGGUUGUUUAUCAACGCGAUUGUAUCUAUUGACAUUAAUUAUUUCGAUAUGUGUUAUUAUCAUUUAUUUAUUCAUGUUAGUUGAAACAGUAAAUGAAAAUAUUCCAAGUCCAUCUAUAAAAGAAUAUCAAAUGUUACACGAAGAAUAUUUCUCAACAUUAAAAUGUCCUUGUAGUCAAAUAUCGAUUGUCUAUAAUGAUUUUCUGAGAAUAGAAGUAAAAUAUCAUGAAAUUUGUUCAAGUGAUUUUAUUCAACCAUGGUGGUAUAAUAGGUUUCCUGCUCGUAAUAGCUCAGAUACAAAUUUGGAUUUUUUUCAAUUUGCCUCAUCAUUUUUUCAUGCAUUAGCAGCGCUUUGUGAAUUAACAAAUGAAACAAUUCAAUAUGAAAUAAAACGAUUCUUGUCAACAACAUUUGUCAACGCCGAUGUUUUAUCAAAUGAUUCAUUCCGUACACAAAUAAACUCGCUUACAAACUCAUUUAUUCAACUAACACAAAUUCAGUUUAGUUAUCGAAUAUUUUUAACUCAAACAUUAUUGCAUAGUAAUCAAUAUAUGAGCAAUACGGGGAGAGGCGUUGAUCUUCGAAUGUUACUAGAGUUCACUGAUAAUCUAUAUUAUGUAUAUGUAAUUACAGAACCUUUAUACAAGUAUGCAGUUUUAACAUCGUUCUAUGAUGGUCACUGGUUAAUGAAUGAUCCUCCCUCACCUCUGAAUUCUACGUUACCUAGUCGAUAUUCUCUUACAACACCAAUGGAAACAAUUUUCAAUGAAAUGAUGGUUGAAGAAUGGAAUAUAACUUUCUCCUACGAUAGUUAUUUUCAAGAAUGUCAACCUUCAUCUUGUUCAUUCACUUAUGAAAAGNUUGUUAUUCGUCGUGAAUUGUUAUCAACACGUCUAUAUCUUAUUCUACUCGUUAUUUCUGUUAGUAUUUUAACAAUAUACACCUCAUUCACUGUCCGUAUUAAAGAUGAAUCGAUAAAAACUCCAACUUAUUCUCAAUAUCAACAGCUUUACAAAAAGUACUCGAAUACAUUACAAUGUUCAUGUACAAACUUAUCUAUUGAAUAUGGAAAAUUUGUAAAAACUGAACCAUUAUUUCAUCAAGUUUGCUCAAGUGAUUUCAUAACACAACGAUGGAUUGAUUUCAUAUUUGCAGCAAAUAUAUUAUCACUUUGGCCCAUAGAUGUACGAACAAGUUUAAGUGCAAUGUGGCAAUUAAUUCAUUCGUUUUGUCAAAAUUCCUAUCAAACAAUAAUGAGUAUACUUGAUCAUUUUAAUAAAACUCUAUUAGUUAGUCCAAUUCUAUUCAAUGAAGAACUUUUAAAAGAAAAAGUUCAGAGUGUUCUUUUAUCCCAACGUGAUAUAUCAACAGUUAAUCUUAUUCAAUCGAUAACAAUGAUUAAUCAAAUAACACAAGCAAAUCAACUCAUAAGUGCAUUAGGAACAAAUUAUAUUGCUGUAACACAUCAAUUCGGAUUAUCAAAACAACCUAAUUCAUAUAGAAAUAUAAGUCAAGUACAACUAUAUCUAUAUAUUGGACGGUUUACAAACGUAUAUAUACAAAAGAAUUCAAUAGUUCCUUGUUCAUGUCAAACUAAUGCUUCAUGUCCUCUUGAGGGUGAUAUUUAUUUGUAUGAUAUGUCAGAACAAUUUGGUAUUUAUAAUAUGAAUAGAAUCCAUUCGAAUGGAAGUUUAACUGGCGUAACUAUUGAUUGUUUACCACUUCAAAUGACAUUUGUAGCAUCAUUGGAAUGUUUUUUUCAACAAUCAUGUUUAAAUUUUCUUCGUUCAACUUAUAAACAGAAAAUGAAUGUUUCUAUUCUAAAUGAAUCUCGUCCGAGUCGUUUUAGUCAAACAACAACAAUCCAAUCACUUCUCAAUGAACUUUUCAUUGAAGAACUACGAAAUGAAACAAAUUAUCAACAGUAUUAUUUAACAUGUUUACCAAAGAUUUGUAAUUAUUCAUAUAAUCAUCGAUUUGAUUGGGUAUAUGUAUUAACAACAUUCAUUGGAUUGUGUGGCGGCAUUACUAAAAUAUGUGUUAUUAUCAUUUAUUCAUUGAUGUUAGUUGAAACAGUGAAUGAAAAUAUUACAAGUCCAUCUAUACAAGAAUAUCAAAUGUUACACGAACAGCAUUUCUCAACAUUAAAAUGUCCUUGUAGUCAAAUGUCGAUUCUCUAUGAUGAUUUUCUUAGAAUAGAAGUAAAAUAUCAUCAAAUUUGUUCAAGUGAUUUUAUUCAACCAUGGUGGUAUAAUAGCUUUCCUGCUCGUAAUAGCUCAGAUACAAAUUUGGAUCUUUUUCAAUUUGCUUCAUCAUUUUUUCAUGCAUUAGCAACGCUUUGUGAAUUAACAAAUGAAACAAUUCAAUAUGAAAUAAAACGGUUCUUGUCAAGAACAUUUGUCAACGCAGAUGUUUUAUCAAAUGAUUCAUUCCGUACACAAAUAAACUCGCUUACAAACUCAUUUAUUCAACUAACACAAAUUCAGUUUAGUUAUCGAAUGUUUUUAACUAAAACAUUAUUGCAUAGUAAUCAAUAUAUGAGCAAUAUGGGGAGAGGCGUUGAUCUUCGAAUGUUACUAGGGUUCACUAAUCAUCAAUAUUAUGUAUAUGUAGUUACAAGACCUUUAGAUGACGUUAGCAAGAAUGAAACUCACUGUUAUUGUGUACUCGAUUCAACAUGUAGUUACGAAAAUAAAGCAUUUAGUAUGCAGGUAGGCUGCACUGUCAUGGAUUCUGUCUUGAAGUCAUCUCUAAUAUGUUGGUUUAAUGCAAGUUGUAUUGAUCUAGUUUUAACCUCGUUCUAUCAAGGUCACUGGCUAAGAGAUGAUCCUCCCUCACCUCUGAAUUCAACGUUACCUAGUCGAUAUUCUUGUACAACACCAAUGGAAACAAUUUUCAAUGAAAUGAUGGUUGAAGAAUGGAAUAUAACUUUCUCCUACGAUAGUUAUUUUCAAGAAUGUCAACCUUCAUCUUGUUCAUUCACUUAUGAAAAGAAAACGGAUUUUGUAUAUCUGAUUACUAUCAUCAUUAGUCUUUUCGGUGGAAUUCAUACUAUUCUUCUAUUAAUAUCACCAUUUAUUAUCAAGUUCGUUUUGGGAUUAAUUGAAAAGAUAAAAAAUUAUAAUUUACCAUCGAUGUCGAAUAAUCUAGAAAAUCAUCGAUUCUUUGUUAAAAUCUUGAUUUUCAUCAAUCGAUUUUUCGAUAAGAUAUUAAUGUUGAACGUUUUUGAUAGUGAAUCAAACAAUCUUGAAACUAUACAUCGUGAACGAGUAAUUACAAGAUGUUAUUUAUUAACUUUAUUUCUUUUAUUGUAUAUCAUAACUAUCUAUUCAAUCAUUUCCAAUGGAACUAUCAGUAUAUCAUUACCGAAUCCAUCUGAAAAUGAUUAUGAAACAUUAACAAUAUGGCAUUCAGAAACCCUUGAAUGUCCUUGCCAUAAAAUCGCUAUUGAAUAUAAACAUUUCGUCGACAUUAGCAUAACAUCACAUCAAAUUUGUUCAAGUGAUUUUAUUGGCACAGAAUGGCGUGAUUAUCUAUUCCUUUAUCCAGAUUGGUCUGAUUAUAACAGUGCUGAUAUUCGUUCACGUGGUAGUAUCUAUUUCUUGUUUCUUUCAACUUUAUGUCAACUCUCUCAAACAACAAUAAAUAAUGCUAUUAAUGCAUUUCUUAAUGAAACAUUUAUCAGUACUCAAAUCAUAUCAAACUCGGAGUUUCGACUUCGAAUGAAUACAAGUCUUUCUCAACUUCAGAAAUUAACGGCAGCAAAAUUCGCGCAAAGUUUAAAUUUAUUACGUGAUGUUAUGAAUGGUAAUACUCUCGUAUCAUCCUACUUUCUCAACUGGUAUUGGUGGAUUGAUUUUAACAGAACAUAUACAACAAUUCCAAUUAGUCCAGUGGUAAUGAAAGAUGGAUGUUCUUGUGGAACACGAAGUGAUUGCAUUAAAUCAGGAGGAAUAUAUUAUGAACGUAGUGAUCAACAAAUGUUUGCAAUUCCCGGAUGGAAUGUUGGAUGUUCAGUUGUUGAAACAGUUUUACGAUCAACAUUAGAAUGUUUUUACGAUCAAAUAUGUAUUGAUUCAUUAUUUUCUGCAGCGAUAACUGAUGAACCAGCUCUUUAUUAUCACAUGAAUAUAUCAGCGAUGCAUUAUAAUUCAAAUAAAAGUCGAUUUAGAAAAGAUUCAUUUAUUCAAAAUUUAAUAGAUGAAUUAUUUGUUGAAAAAUGGAAUAUUAAAACAUAUUAUUCAUCAUUUUAUAAUGCAUGUGAUCCCAUUUAUUGUUCAUAUACUAUUCAAAAAGAUGAUUAUUAUAUGUAUAGUGCAUCGAGAGUACUUGGUUUAUAUGGAGGACUAACAGUUAUAUUACGAAGCACCAGNAGUGAUAAACCGAAGGAUAAUAAACUAUGGACAAUCGAGCGUUUUGUUGAUGAAGUUGAACAAGUUAGGAAAGCACUUGGUCUAAAUCAAGACAAUUUCUACUUGCUUGGUCAUAGUUGGGGUGGAAUAUUAGCAUUGGAAUACGCAUUGAUUUAUCAAAAGAAUUUGAAAGGUUUAAUCAUUAGUAAUAUGAUGUGCAGUGCACUGGAUUAUGCGACGUAUGCUGAAAAUGUUUUAAGUAAAAGCAUCGAUCCGGAAGUUUUAAAAGAAAUUAAAGAAAUAGAGGCAAACAAAGAUUAUGAAAAUCCAAGAUAUAUGGAAUUAUUAAUACCAAAUUUUUAUAGUAAAUACGUUUGUCGAUUAGAAAAUUGGCCUGAAACAAUACAUCGUGCUUUUUCACAUUUCAAUAACGAUAUUUAUAUUCUAAUGCAAGGUCCAUCAGAAUUUGGUAUUUCAGGUUUAUUGGAAAAUUGGAAUCGUAGAGAUGAUUUAUCCAAAAUUGAAACUCCAACAUUGAUGAUCGGUGCAACAUUCGACACUAUGGAUCCCGAACAUAUGAAAUGGAUGGCAACACAAGUUCAACAUGGUUCCGUUUUAAUCUGUCCAUAUGGUAGUCAUUGUUCAAUGUGGGACGAUGAAGAACAUUAUUUUCGUGGACUUAUUCGCUUUUUAAAAGGUGUAGAUCAAGGUGAAAAAGUUGAAGCUAUUCUAAACCAAAAGAUAAAUACAAAUGUUCUUAUCUUGACAUACACACACACAUUGAAUGAUGAUUUUUCACCAAAACGUUGGUUUUUUCCAUUUAUUUUCGGUGUCGUCAUUUUUAUUUGUUUAAGCCAUAAAAAGCAGAAUGUUGGUUUUUCCCGUUCUGCUGCUAGCUCACAACUACCACCACUAUAUGGCGUUGAAUUCGUCCAUUACCGUCGACACGGUGGAUACUAUACGUAUACGAUCAAAAUGCCGUGUUUCCAUCGAUUUCGACAACGCUGA